GAUCCCAUCGUCAACCAACCAUCCGUAAUCUGAGUUAAGAGAUGGCACAAAGCAAGGACGAUAUAAAGCAUGCAACCGCACAGGCCAAGCAGUCUGAGGAUGAGAGCUUGAGGGUAGCAUACAAGCACGGCACUCCUCUUGAAGCUGGCAAAAUAGCCGACUCUUCACCUGUUGAUCUCUUUUCCAGUGCCCAAAGUGUUCAAAAUUCCUCCUCCCCAUCGCCGCCUCCACCUCAAUCUAACACUAGUACUGCUACCAAUGCUGAUUCCACAUCCUCUGCCAAUACGUAACCUCCUCAUUUCACUUCAAACCCUUCUUUAUGGGUUUUUUUUCUUCCGUGUGAGUUUUGUUUUUCUAUGUUCCCUUGAACUAAAACUAAAUUUCUCUAAUAAUAACUAUAAUUAUCUUA